AUGGCCGCGGCGCUUGUGCCGAGCGGCUCUACUGGCCCCACCUCCGAGCUCGUGGACGCGGCGGAGCUGGGGCCCGCGGCGAACAGGCGGAUGGAGCCUCGGCCGGAGCCACUGUGGAAGAGGAAGGACGCUCUGGCCCGCAAGGCGGCGCGCGGUCCCCUUGGUCGGCGGAACGGGCGCCCAGAGGAUGGGUCCAAGACCGCCGUCCGCACGAAGGGUGCCAGUUACCACGGCGAGUGGGCAAACGACGAGAAGACUGGCUACGGGGUGCAGGUCUUCCCCAGCGGCCAGAAGUACGAGGGCCAGUGGAGCAUGGGCCUCCGCGACGGCGAGGGGACUCUGUGGGUGCCGACCGGGAGGGCCGGCAAGUUGCGCAAACUGUACGUGGGGACCUGGAAGGACGACAGGCGGCACGGGAAGGGCACGUGCUUCUUCAAGACCGGGGAGUUCUACCAGGGCUCUUGGGAGUUCGGAAGGAUGCACGGCCAUGGUACGAUGCGGUACGCCAACGGCGACCUGUACAUCGGUGAGUGGCACGACGGGCUGCGCUCGGGCCAGGGCACCCUCACCAAGGCCAGCGGCGACACCUACGAAGGCUGCUGGCUCGACGACAAGCGCGAAGGCACAGGGUCCCACUUCUACGCCGAGAGCGGGAAAGUAUUCGUCGGCGAAUGGGCCAACGAUCUGCCGAAGGCGGGCGUCUUCACGCAGGCCAGCCCGAACCCGGACCAGGCAGUGGUGGUGCCGGUCACAACCACCCUCCCGCAGGUGAAACUGGACCGGCCGGUGGAGGUCGUCGAGGCCGCGCAGGCGGCCGCGCGCGCAGGCCGCAGGGGCUUCCGAGCGCAGGCGACGCCCGCGGAAAGGCUCUUCUCGCAGGAGGAGAUCGACGCGCUGCAGGACGCCUUCCAGGGCGUCCAGCGCGACGGCGUCAUCCGCCCGGAGGAUCUCCAGGACUUGUGCCAGAACCUCGGUACCGAGGUCGACGCCCCCAGGCUGGAGAGGCUGCUCGGAGACCUCGGCUUCGUGGAG